AUGUUGAUAUCUGACUCAGGGCGUAGCGCACUGACAGCGCAUUCGGGAGGGUUUGUGUGUGUGUGUGUUUGUGUGUGUGUGUGUGUUUGUGUGUGUUUGUGUGUGUGUGUGUGUGACGGCGGUGGUGAUGUGGGCGCGGCUGCUGCUGGCGGCGGAGGAGGGGCGGCGCGGGGAGCUGGCGGGCGCGCACGACCCCUUCGCAGCCGCGCAUCUGCCCCCGCGCUGGCAGGUGCAGGCGUUCAUGGCGUGGCUCUUCCUGCUGCAGACGCCCGUGCCCGCGCUGCUGCUCUGCGCCGCGCACAAGGUCGCUCACGCGGGAAUGGAUAA